GCCGCCUCUGGGCCCAGCAAUUUUAAAAGCCCGUCUCCACUGUACCAAGUUCGGCUUGGGCGUCGAUCUGCACUCAGUUCUCCGUCGCCCUCUUUCUUUCCACCCUCGACCUAAAGUUAGGGUUCGAGUUCGAGUUCGCAAUCUCACCAGAAAAUCUCGAGCAUGGCGGACGAAGCAAACCGCACGGCUUUCGUUGAGCUCCAGGGCCGCAUGAUAGAGACCACAGGAAAGCUGAAGCAGGUGCAGAAUCAGAUGCGUGCUAAGGAAGGCGAGAAAAAGCGUGCUUAUCUAACACUGGAGGAACUUCGGCAGUUACCAGACGAUACAAACACAUAUAAGUCUAUUGGCAAAGUGUUUGUUUUGGAGCCAAAAUUGCUCUUGUUGAAUGAGCAAGAACAGAAGUUCAAGGAUAGUGAAACAGCUAUCUCCUCUUUGCAGACAUCCAAGGAGUACUUAGAGAAGCAGUUGGCAGAGGUGGAGAACAACCUCCGAGAAUUACUACAACAAGAUCCUGGUCUUGCACGACAGAUAAUGUCAAUGACUGUGAUGUAAUUCUGCCCUCGCAGAAAUUAACUGGAUGAAUUAUGUAUCCAACUAGUUUUUGUUCAAAGUCCUUUUUUUUUUUUUAAUGCUAAAUUAUCCAGAGAGAAAUUGUUGUUUUGCUUUAACAUUAUACUCUGUUCAUGUAAUCAGGCCGACUAUAUUUUACCUGCUCCUGGAAGAAUCUCAAGUUUCAUGGUUCUGGGUAGCGUGGGUGAAAUAUCUUUCUCCCUGUGCUAACAUAUAGAUCAAAAGUACAAA